AUGUUUCAUGGGCCACCUGGAACUGGUAAGACUUUACUUGCUCAAGCUCUAGCCAAUGAAUGCACCCGAACGAGUUCAGGUGAGGGGCUGGCUAGUACCAUUCCAGGUGUCUCAGCCGCCAAUGCUCGUCCUAUCGCCUUUUUCAUGCGAAAAGGUGCUGAUGUCCUCUCGAAAUGGGUUGGUGAGACGGAAAGAAUGCUUCGUGAUCUAUUUGAAGAGGCCCACCGCUUGAAACCCUCAAUUAUCUUUUUCGAUGAACUAGAUGGACUUGCUCCAGUGAGGUCUUCUCGACAGGAUCAAGUUCAUUCCAGUAUUGUUGCAACACUCCUCUCCCUAAUGGAUGGCCUUGAUCGUAGACCUGGUGUCGUGGUGAUUAGUGCCACGAAUCGACCCGAUGCUAUCGAUCCGGCACUUCGACGCCCUGGCCGUUUUGAUCGAGAAUUCCAUUUCAAGUUGCCAAGUAUGGAUACACGACGGCGGAUUCUCCAAAUCAAUACCGCAAAGUGGGAUCCUAAACCCGAUGAUCGGUUGUUGGACUAUCUGGCAAGCGAGACUACUGGGUACUGUGGCGCUGAUAUGAAAGCUCUGACAACUGAAGCCUGCCUUUGUUGUCUUCGACGCCAACAAAGUGAAGUUGGAUAUCGAUCUCAAAUAUCUCGUUGUUGA